AUGGACUUGCACAAGGGCAAGUCUGGGCCCACUUUUUUGGACUUGGUGUAUCACAUCUGUUCAACAGCUUCUGGAACUGAACUUGAAACAUUCUUCUUCACAGCCUGGUGGAUUUGGAGAAACAAGUAUUUGACCAGGUUCGAGGGAAAGAAUUUGGAGCCAGCAGAGGUUGCACGGUUAGCUAUGGUGUGGCAGAAUGAGUUCGUAAGUUUGAGGGGGUCUACACUUAGGUCGACUCCAACUACCGUCCACGCCCACGUUUGUUGGAAACCUCCACAGUCGGGGCACCUUAAAAUGAACUUUGAUGGGGCUCAUGAUGCAAAAACUGGAGUUUGCGGUCUGGGGGUGGUCUUCAGAGACACUCAAGGUGUGUUGAAAGGUGCAAUGGCAGUCCCACAAAUUGGUAACAUUGCCCCAAGAUCCAUAGAAGCUUUGGCAUUGCUGCACGGCCUCAGAUUUGCUCUUCAUGUUGGAUUCACCAGGAUUGAAGUUGAAGGAGAUGCUCUCUCAGUUAUCAAUGCUUUGCAAGAGAGUUCAGAGGACUAUAGUUCUGAGGGACAUUUAAUCGACGAAGUUAAGUUUGUAUUUCAGUCUUUUUCCAGUUGUAGUAGCCACUUUGUAAAACGAGAAGGCAACGAGGUUUCUCAUCGUUCGGCAAAGGAGGCUUUGAAAGUUAGUCAACCUUUUCUUUGUCUGGAGUCGGGGCCUAGUUGGCUUCAUCAGUGUGUUAGUAUAGAUUUCCAGUGUGAAGUCUAA